AUGCCUGCAGCCUGGUUCCUGCACUCACAGGAAUGCAACGUUGCGUUUCCAAAUCACUGCUCACCAGGCGCACCCGUGCGGGCGGAUACGCUUGAGGCAUGCGGUGUCUACACUCGCACGGUGGAUCCUGCGACGCUUCAUGAGCGAGACCCAACAGAUGAAAAAAAGCGGACCUGCGCCCAGCGCCUUGCUUGGAACUUGGGUUAUCAGGGGCAGGAGGAGGUGACUCUGACGGCAGACGCCCAGGAGGAGCUUCGUGAGCAUCUUAACCUGGACGAGCAAAUGUGUGUCGUGGAAAGUGGGGUUCUGUAUCUCGACGUGCGUGACGCAGAGGACCGGUGGAUCCGUGUUGAGGCCAAAGCGGGGGAUCUGCUUGUUGUUCCUCGAGGUAUCUACCACCGUCUUGUUCCUGCUUCGGACUCCCCCCCGGUUAAGCUGCUGCGCCUGCUGCGGAACUCUACUGUAUUUCAACCAAUUCCCCGCGAGGGUGAGCCCAAUACUGAAAGAGCCGCAGAGGCACGUGCGGCACACGAAGACCACAUCUUCUACAUGUCGCACCCACCGAAAGAGACCAUUCUUGGCCCCGCAAACGGUGUGGACAAUGUACUGGUUACGACGCCCCGAGACUUUGACGACACAUUGGCGACACUCAAGGCGGGACUGGCACCCGGCGAUGUUCUUGUGCUCUUUAUCAAGGGUGCCUCCGAUCGCAAGACGCACAGGUCCUGGUGUCCACCCUGCGUGCUUGCGGAGCCGGUGGUGCAACGUGCAGUGGAGGCUGCUAAGCGAAAGCGGCGUGUCGUGUACGUUCAGUGCAUUGUUGAGCGCUCCGUAUACCUUGGAAACCCGGAAUACGCAUACAGACGGCAUCCGCUGCUCAAUAUCACCUCCAUUCCAUUUCUUUUGGUGCAUCAGCAGGGCGAUAAGGAACUCACCGAGCUCUGCUGCGAACGCGAACUCGGCGAAGGCUUUGAGUCUUGGGUAGAGAAGCUUUGA